GUGAGGAGCGAGGGAGAAAAGGGCGCUGUGACGGGGCGGGAGGAAGUACGCGAGUUCUCAGCUCCGGCUGCGAGGCGGCUGGCGGGUGGGCCGGCCAGGUGAGCCCGAGAUGCCGCUGCGCUGGAAGCCGGGGCUGCCGCUGCUGCUGCUCCUGGGGCCGCUCGGUCCCUUCUCCCCCGGCGCCCGGGCGGGACCCGCGCAGGCCGAGGACGCUGUGGAGCUGCGCUUCUCCACCGAGCGUCCGGUGCACCUGGUGAGUCCCGCGUUCCUGUCCUUCACCAUCGACGCCAACCUGGCCACCGACCCGCGGUUCCUCACCUUCCUGGGUUCUCCAAAGCUUCGCACUUUGGCUAGAGGUUUGUCUCCGGCAUACCUGCGAUUUGGUGGCACCAAGACGGACUUUCUCAUUUUCGAUCCCCAAAAAGAACCGACCUUUGAAGAGAGGAGUUACUGGCAGUCUCAAGUCAACCAGGAUAUGUGCAAAUCUGGAUCCAUCCCUUCUGAUGUAGAGAAGAGGUUACAGUUGGAAUGGCCCUUCCAGGAACAAUUGCUGCUCAGAGAACAGUAUCAGAAAAAGUUCAAGAACAGCACUUACUCAAAAAGCUCCGUGGAUAUGCUGUAUACUUUUGCAAAUUGCUCAGGACUGGACUUGAUCUUUGGGCUAAAUGCCUUACUACGAUCAGCAGAUUUGCAGUGGAACAGUUCUAACGCUCAGUUGCUCCUGGACUAUUGCUCUUCCAAGAAUUAUAACAUUUCUUGGGAACUAGGCAAUGAACCUAACAGUUUCCGUAAGAAGGCUGGUAUUUUCAUCGAUGGAUUGCAGUUAGGAGAAGAUUUUGUCAAGUUGCAUAAACUUCUAGGAAAAACCACUUUCAAAACUGCGAAUCUCUAUGGUCCUGAUGUUGGCCAGCCUCGAGGAAAGACUCUCAAGAUACUGAGAAGUUUCCUGAAGGCUGGGGGUGAAGUGAUUGAUUCACUUACAUGGCACCACUACUACUUGAAUGGACGAAUUGCUACCAAAGAAGAUUUCCUAAACCCUGAUGUGCUGGACACUUUUACUUCAUCUGUGCAAAAAAUUUUUCAGGUUGUCGAGGAGACCAGACCCGACAAGAAGGUUUGGUUAGGAGAAACGAGCUCUGCGUAUGGGGGUGGAGCACCCUUGCUGUCCAACACCUUUGCGGCUGGCUUUAUGUGGCUGGAUAAAUUGGGCCUAUCGGCCAGAAUGGGCAUAGAAGUGGUGAUGAGGCAAGUGCUCUUCGGAGCCGGAAACUACCACUUAGUGGAUGAAAACUUCAAACCUCUACCUGAUUACUGGCUAUCUCUUCUGUUCAAGAAAUUGGUGGGCACCCGUGUGUUUAUGGCAAGUGUGAAAGGUCCAGACGGAAGAAAACUCCGAGUGUACCUUCAUUGUACGAACGUCAACCACCCAAGGUAUAAAGAAGGAGAUCUAACUUUGUACGCCUUAAACCUCCAUAACGUCACAAAACGCCUGCGGUUGCCCUAUCAUCUGUUUGACAAACAAGUGGACAAAUACCUCAUAAAACCUUUAGGGCCUGAUGGAUUACUUUCCAAAUCCGUCCAGCUCAAUGGUCAAACUCUGAAGAUGGUGGAUGAUCACACCCUCCCGGCUUUGACAGAAAAAGCUCUCCGCCCAGGAAGUUCUCUGGGCUUGCCAGCGUUCUCAUAUGGAUUUUUUGUGAUAAAAAAUGCUAAAGUUACUGCUUGCCUCUGAAAAUGAAAGGCAUACACUAGCCCUGAGAUUGAAUUUUUCAAGUACAUUUAUUGAUAAGAGGAAAGCAAAACCCAAGCUAUAGGAAGGCAAACAGAUACAUUACAAAUCAACUAGUGGGAGCUUCAGGGACCCUGGGACACUCUCCGUGCAAGAUUUAGCACGGUCCUUUGUUCUAAGUAGACCACUGCUAAUAAUACCUUGUGCCAAACACUACGCUUAGUGCUUUGCAUGUUCUAUUUUUAUUUAAGGUUAUGAAAAAGGUAUGUGGGUGCUCCCAAUACAGCCAGAAGGCAAGUAAGUGAAGGCUAUAUGAUUAAUUUUAAGUGCUUAGUUGUUUUUAUCUUAAAAAACAGUUAUUAAAAGAUUGCAGGAUUCCUUAUUCUAUACGCUGUUUCUAUGCAGUUUACUGCCACAAUCUUCAAAUUGUCUAUAAAUGAGAGAGACAGUCUCUUUUCACCUAAACAGAGCUAAAUUCAACUGCUGCUUCUCUUCUCUCUGUUCUGUCUUUGUCAACAAUACUGUGAGAGACAACAGACGGUUAGAAGUGAUAGUACAAAAAAAGAAUUAACGACAAUUCAGAGGGACUGGAUUAUGUAAACGUCAAAUGAAAUUUUACAGUGACUGUAAAUGAAAUUGAUUUGCCAAGAGGAGAAAAUGUAAUUCAAUACAUUAUAACCACCUGUUAAUGUUUACU